CAUCUUAAGAAAGCCAGUAAACUCAGGAGAGUGCCAUUACGUCAUAAAGAAGGCCAAAUCGAAGAUGGCCGCCGGCGCCAUCGUGACAAAUUAUCUUUUGAACAAGAGCACCUAGAAUCUUGUAUGGAGACAGUUUUUCAGAUGUCGGAGAAAAACAAAAACGGUACUUUGGAAAUUCUGCUCGGCGAGUUGGGCUCGUUUGGUCGUUUCCAAAUAAUAAUGAUGCAAUGUUUGUUUAUACCGAACGCUCUCGUGGGAUUUAGCCUCGUUCUCCCUUCGUUUACUAGCGUGGCUCCUGAUUGGUGGUGUGUACCGGUUGCCGAGAACAACAACAACCAAUCGCAGCACACGAACGAAACAUUCAAAGUUUGUAGUGUCAAUGGUAGCGAAUGUGUCCGUGUAUACGGCUCCAAUAUGGCGACAACAGUUUCUGAGUGGGAUCUUGUGUGCGACAACAGGUGGGUGACGAAGAUCAUGACGUCAAUCCAGAUGGCGGGAAUUCUGGUGGGCGUGGUCAUCGCGGGUCAAAUGUCAGACUCGUUCGGACGUAAGAAGAUCUUCUUCUCGGGGGUCCUCGCGCAUUCGAUCUGCAACUUAAUUUGUCCGUUUUCCGUUUCCUGGGAGAUGUUUGCGGUACUACUGUGUCUCUUGGGUAUAAACGCUGGUGUGAUUCUGUGUUUGAAUUUUUCAUACUUGUUAGAGUUUGUUGAAGAGAAAUGGCGCCCUGUUCUAUCGGCAAUGCCUCACUGGUCACUAAGCGUAGCCCUUGUUGCCAUGCUCGCCUGGCUGAUACCAAACUGGAAAUAUCUACAUGCUAUCUGUGGAGCAGCCGAAAUUCCAUUUGUCGUUGGAUAUUUUUUUAUGACAGAGAGCAUGCGCUGGUUGGUGGUACACGACAGGGUGGAUGAGGCGGACAAAGUGGCGAACACUAUCGCCAGGUACAACCGAGUGAAAACACCUGACGAUUUACGCAAACGUCUCCAGGCGGUAGCAGAUGAGGAGAAAAGUGGGCAGCAAAACGCCAAGAAGUAUUCCUACAUCGAUGUGUUCCGCGGGAAAACCAUGAUCAAAACGACCAUCUGUUCAAGCUUUGUCUGGUAUAGCUGUUCUAUCGUAUACUACGGCAUGAUGUUCGGUGCUCACAGACUCACCGGAAACCUCUACUUGAAUAUCUUCCUGCUCACCAUCUGCGAUUUACCAAUCCUUGCGUCGAUAUUUUGGUUUCUUAGAAGAUUUGGUCGGAAGUGGAGUGGUAUCGCUUUCCUCUUUGUUGGUGGUCUGUGCUUAGUCGCUACUGUAAUUAUCAAAAAUACUGCUAACACAGAAUACAAAGACGAUAUCAUUAGAACCAUGGCCGUUUUAGCCCAAAUGACGAUUGGUGGGGCCUGGAUAACCAUGUAUAUAUACACCAACGAACUGUACCCGACAGUCGUCAGGACAGUUGGUGUUGGUGUGAGUCAAACAUUUGCACGGGUAGGCGGUAUCAUGGCACCAUUGGUUUUGUUGAUGGACGGAGAUAACAUCAUUGUUCCCUACGUGACAAUGGGCUGUUUCAUCAUCAUCAGCGUCGCGUGUCUCUUCUUGUUGCCGGAGACCAAAGGGAGACCACUGGAGGACACCUUAAAAAAGAAAGCGAAGGUCGUGUUUGUGGAAAUCCCCAAGCACGAGGAGGGCAGAUCGUUCGAGGCUCACAUCCCCGAAACAGAAACAAUAUCAUUUUUGUAGGGAAGCAGGCUGAUUUUUGCCCGAAUUAAACAAACGUGCCCGAA